AUGCCUAACGUGGAGUUGGAGCUCCGGCAGCGAAAUGAGCAGGCCCUGGCCCAGGCGGCGGAAGCUGCCACCAUGCCAUUGCAACGGGAACCGGAGGAGCCUCAUUCCAACACCCAGCAGACCGCUGCGGCCGUCAGUGCCAGCGGCACAGCCUCCUCCGCAAUAGGGACCCCGGGGGACCUAGCGCUAGCGGCGCUAAUGCCGCCGGGAAAGCUCCCUGCGGAGGUAGGGCAGGAACACCAGCAGCAGCGGCGGCAGGCAGUGGACGUGGUGCCGGCGUCGCAACUGCAGCUGGGGGAGGAGGAGGACGAGGACCUGGCGGCGCUGCUGAGAGAGCGGCAGGAACGGCGAGAUCGCAUCUUAUCGGGCUCGGCAGCGGCCAGGCUGCGUCUGGCAGCUUCCGGCCAAGCGCAAUCCCAAUUGGAUGGCAAAGUCCAUCGGCCUAUUACUGACGCAGAGCCGCAGUCAAGCAGCCCUUGUAGAGCCAGCAGCGGUAGCGGUAGCUCACGGCCCUUGUCCGCAUUUGGCCAACCUCCUCUGGAGUCGGUGCUGCAAGCUCCUCUGGCGAUACCGGCUCUGCCCCAGCAUCUGCUCGGGCCCGCACCCGUGGAGCGACCUACCACAGCCGCCCGCAGGAAAGCGGAGGAAGGUGCACAAGCUGUGCUCCUCCGCGGGCAGCAGAUGUUGGCGGAGCUGGAGGCCGAGCUUCGGGAGCUGGGGUCCAGCGGAGGUGGUGGCGGAGGCGGAGACUCGCGCGACAGCGGCACUGAUAGCGACGGCCGGCGCGGCAGAGACGGCGGAGGCAGAGACGGCGGAGGCAGGUCCUGGACCGGCACCUCGGGGGCAGCGGCGCAGGUUUCCAUUUGGGAAUCGGGCAGGCCACGCAGCGGCGGGGCGCGGGGCGGUUUAGGUAACGGCACGCUGGCCGGAAGCGGCGGAAGUGACGAUUACGGCGACGAGCAGGCGACGGGUGGCGGCGGUACCAGCGAAUCUGCGCACGUGGAGUCCCUGAUGGACUGGUCCACUCAGCUGCAAGGCGUGCUCGCCAAAAUGGACGCCCUACAGACCGGCUACCAAGCGGCCGUCGCCGCCGCGGCAGCGGGUCGCCCGGGAAGCGGCGGUACAGGAGCUGGAGCUGCUGGCAGCAGUCCGGGCAGCGGCGGGACUCGCACUGCUGCAUCGGCCGCAAGGUUGGGCAGCCCGUCGCUGGCGUUGCGUCCAGGCAGCGCGGGCCGCCGCUUGGAACCCCUGACUCGGGCGCCCGGCCUGCCGGCGGGAGGUGCGACUGGGCAGGGACGUGCACCCGGGAUCGCACCAGUGUCGGUCGCGACAGGCCUAGGGACGGGUGCAACGAAGGCCGCAAUAGGGCCUGAAGGCUGUGGUGAGGACAGAGGGCCUCAGAGUCGUGCCGCAGGGGUGCUUGGUUUGGCUGACGGUGGUGACGACGCGCGGGGGGCCUCUGCACAGCAGGGCACUGGCGCCGGCAGCAGUAACACCAGCGAGGAAGGGGACGCUGAGGUUCCCGCAGUUCCUGGAGCGGUGGCCUGCGCGGGGCACCGCAUCAGGCAACUACGAGAGCUGCAAAGGCACGGUGCCGGUGGUGUUAGCGUCGGUAGCAUCGGCGCCGCGGGCGCACGUGAGCGCCCAACCGCAACGUUAUCAACUUCCGCUAAGCAAUGCUCGGCCCAACAACGCGGCAAGGCCAACGCGCAGAUUCUCUACCCGACGCAGUCGAAAGCCAAGCAAAUCAGUUCUGCAACAGUCUUGAGGGCCGCGGCCGUGUGCCUCAAUGGGUCAACCCGACGCAGGCAAAGGAGAGUCCUUCUAGCGCUGGAGCUCUCCGCUGCAACCAACUCCUCCACCUUCAAGGACGUUACGGACCCGCACAACCCUUGGAGCGGCGGCGGCACGAACAAUCGAUGGGAGGUAGGCAUGGAUGACUGA